UUGCCAUUUCUUACAUCUUCACUGUGCCAAUGUUUUCUUGGACUUUUUAGAACUGGAAAGAAUCUUGGAACUCAUCUUGUUCAUCUAGGAGGAAGUAGAGCCCCGAAGGAUUGAAGUGACUUGCCUAAGGUCAUCCAGUGAUUCAGUGGCAGAGAGCCUCCCUCGCCUGGCCAGGCCGGUAACUCCCCGCAGUCGGGCGGCAGCGCGUGCGCCGCGGAGAGAGAGAGAGGCAGGCAGCAAGCGGGCGCGGGCGCGGGCGCUGCGGGCAGAGGCAGGCGGGCGACCCGGAGCAGCCACGAGCCAGGCGCUCGCUCUCUGCACGCGGCGCCUCCAGCGCGGGGGGAAUCCGAGAGGGGGCGGGAGCGGAGGCGUGAGAGGGAGCAUCUGGCCGGUCCCGGGCCCUCCAGGAUGAAGCGGCGCCAGGCAUCCCACCUGGGCGAGGUGUUUCAUAGGUUUCCCCAGCUCCCAUCAUUCUUGUGUCCAGACACUUAAGAAGCAAGAAAAGCCUGUGACCCCAGACCUACUGAUGACCCCUAGUGAUCAGGGUGAUGGAGACCUGGAAGUAGACUUUACUGCAGACCGUGGAAACUGGACAGGGAAGCUGGACUUCCUCCUCUCCUGCAUCGGCUACUGUGUGGGCCUAGGCAAUGUCUGGCGCUUCCCUUAUCGUGCUUACACCAACGGAGGAGGUGCCUUCCUUGUGCCCUACUUCAUCAUGCUGACCAUCUGUGGCAUCCCGCUCUUUUUCCUCGAGCUCUCCCUGGGCCAGUUCUCCAGCUUGGGCCCACUUGCUGUCUGGAAGAUCAGUCCUCUCUUCAAAGGUGUUGGUGUGGCCAUGCUCAUCAUCGUCUCCCUGGUGGCCAUCUAUUACAACAUGAUCAUCGCCUACGUCUUGUUCUACCUCUUCGCCUCCCUAACCAGCCACCUGCCCUGGCAGCACUGUGGUAACUGGUGGAACACGGACCUCUGCCUGGAUCACCACGCAAUGAGAGAAGCCAAUGGCACACUGCCCCUCAACCUCUCUAACACCGUCAGCCCCAGCGAGGAGUACUGGAGCCGAUACGUCCUCCACAUCCAAGGAAGUACAGGCAUUGGAGAUCCAGGGGAGAUUCAGUGGAAACUCUGUCUCUGCCUCUUACUCUCCUGGGUCAUCGUCUUCCUCUGCAUCCUCAAGGGAGUCAAAUCCUCUGGCAAGGUGGUGUAUUUUACAGCCACCUUCCCAUACCUCAUCCUCAUCAUGUUGCUGAUCCGGGGGCUGACACUUCAGGGUGCCUGGAAAGGGAUCCAGUUCUAUCUCACACCCCAGUUUGAUCACCUCCUAACCUCCAAGGUAUGGAUUGAGGCAGCCUUGCAGAUCUUCUAUUCCCUGGGGGUGGGCUUUGGGGGCCUCCUUACCUUUGCCUCUUACAACACCUUUCACCAAAAUAUCUACAGAGACACAUUCAUUGUCACCUUGGGCAAUGCAAUCACUAGCAUUCUGGCUGGUUUCGCCAUCUUCUCCGUGUUGGGCUACAUGUCUCAGGAGCUGGGAGUCCCUGUGGACCAAGUGGCUAAAGCAGGGCCUGGCCUGGCAUUUGUGGUCUACCCCCAGGCUAUGACGAUGCUCCCCCUGUCACCGUUCUGGUCUUUUCUCUUCUUUUUCAUGCUGCUGACCCUAGGCCUGGACAGUCAGUUUGCUUUCCUAGAAACCAUCGUGACAGCUCUGACGGAUGAAUUCCCUUACUACCUUCGGCCCAAGAAGGCCAUCUUCUCCGGCACCAUCUGUGUGGCCAUGUUCCUAAUGGGCCUCAUCCUCACCACAGACGGAGGCAUGUACUGGCUGGUCCUGCUGGAUGACUACAGUGCUGGCUUUGGACUCAUGGUGGUGGUGAUCACAACCUGUCUCACAGUCACCCGUGUGUACGGCAUCCAAAGGUUUUGUCGGGACAUUCACAUGAUGCUGGGCUUCAAACCCGGUCUGUAUUUUAAGGCCUGCUGGAUGUUCCUGUCUCCAGCCACCCUGAUGGCGCUGCUGAUAUACAGCAUUGUGAAAUACCAACCCUCAGAAUAUGGCACUUACCGGUUCCCGUACUGGGCAGAGCUCCUGGGCAUCCUGAUGGGCCUCCUGUCUUGCAUAGUGAUUCCUACUUGCAUGCUAGCUGCUGUGCUCAGAGAAGAGGGGACACUGUGGGAGAGGAUCCAGCAAGCCAGCCGUCCAGCCAUGGACUGGGGUCCUUCUCUGGAGGAGAACAGGACAGGCAUGUAUGUGGCCACCCUGGCGGGUAGCCAGUCCCCCAAGCCUCUGAUGGUCCACAUGAGGAAAUACGGUGGCAUCACCAGCUUCGAGAACACAGCCAUUGAGGUGGACCGGGAGAUCGAAGAAGAGGAAUCCAUGAUGUGAGGGAUGGGGAGCAGGGCCCCUGGGACAGAAGAUUGCUGAGGGCAGUACUAUGGGCCCCACAGGCCCUCCCCCUUGAGCAGGGUAAUACUUUGGGUCUGAAACAUCUGUCCCAGGGCCUAGAGGCCACGUGUGGAUAUGUUCUUGUGGGUCCUUGGGAGUAAAUGGGGCAGGAUGAGAUGAUCCUUUCUGUCUUGGGUGUGGUCAGAAAUCAGGCCCUGUCCUGCUUGAGUUGUUUUCCAUCCUCACGGUCCACACGUCUCCCCUGGGCCCGGGUCACCAACAAAACAAUCAUUCCUGACUUCUCCCAUUCCCCAACCUGGACUCUCCUUAUACACCUAUCCUGUGACCCAGAAAACUGCCCCAAACCCAUGCUGCAACCGGGAAUCUCUCCACUGGGGCCUGGGGGACAGGGCGGGGGAGCCCAUAAAGAUGUUGGAGCAGGGGUUUAGAGCAACCAUUGACUUGCUGACAAUGUGGGUCACCUACCUACAUCUUUUCAGGGCCUGAGGCUGAAGGAUCUAAGGGGAAUCUUUGCCCCUUCUUGUUUCCCAGUGGACUGGGCCCUGCCCAUUCCAUUCACUGAGCAUUUUCUGUAGGCCCAGCCUUGUGCUAGACUGUGGGAAAUAAAUGAAAGUACAAGACAUCGUCCCCAUCCCCAAGAGCUUACAGUAAAGCUGUAGAAAUACGGUGGUGAGCACACACAAAAAUAGGCCAGAUUUCUAGUCAGAGGUGGAAGAGAUGGCAAUGAAUCUGAAUGAUUUAGAGAAGGUUCCUGGAGGAGGCAGGGACUGAGAUGGACCCAUAAGGAUAAGUAGGAUUUGCCUAAGGAUUGCGAUGAUCAGGCUUGGCAGCACGUGCAGGCAGAAGAAACAACCUGAGCCAAAGUUUGGGACAGAGAAGAAAUUGACCUGGCUAAGGUAGAAGGGGAAGAUGAACUUAAGGGAACCCAAAAUGCUAGGAAGAGAGGAAGAGACAAUAGGGAGUCAUUGCAGAUGAUGUGGGGAGCAGGGCAUUAGGAAGUUGCAUGUCUCUGUGUACAGGUUGAAUUGGACGGAGGUCACCAAAUGCCUGAAGGGAGAAGAAGGAAAAGGAAAAGCAGAAUGGGAGACAUAAGCUAUGUUAGGAGGGGUCCCCAGCAGUGAUGAAGCUGAGACCUGGACCAGAGAAGUCUGAGAUGAAAGGUCCAUAUGGGGCCUCGCACCUGUGUUGUCAGGGAGACAACAUCAUUAUUGAUCCUAAAUCGCAUUCCCCAUAGCAACUGUUCCAGCCCUUCUCUUCUCUUCCAACUUCCAUUCCCCCUCCCACACUUAGAGCAGAUGAUUUUGCCUCCCACUUCCCAGAGAAGAUUGAGGCCCCCUGACAGGAGCUCCCUCCCUCUCUUCCCACCCCAGAGAAAGAAGUAGCCCGUAUAUUUCCUCUAAAUCCGAAUCCUUUGGCACUCUCCUCCGGCUUCCUCGGGGGAAGCAAUCACCCAUUGUUCUUUGGGCAUCGUCAGUCUUUCUUUGGCCUCUUUCCAAGACCCUCCAAACAUUCUCUGAGUUCCCUGAAACUCAGAGUCUCCUCCUAACCCUUCCGCCCCCUCUGACGACGGUCCAGUCCCUUCCCUCCCCUCCCUGUCACUGCCAGAUUUAUUGAAGCAGUUGUACACAUGCAUGGCUCCCAUUCCUAACCACCCACUCUAUUCUCUACCCUCUGCAAUCUGGUUUGUGGCAGUGACCCCCGAGUCACUGAAUCAAAUGGCCUUGUUCAUUCCUCCUUGUCUCUGGCCUCCUUAGAGGGUGUGGUCCUUAACCACUCCCUUCUCCUUCCCCCCCCCCUCCUCCUUUGGGACACUGCAUUUUCCCUGCUCUCCUACCUGGAGUUCUCCCAGGUCCCUAACCUCAGGAUUAUUUUUCAUGCCUCCUUCUCCCAUCACAUUCCCCAAAGUUACCAAGUCCUUUUCAAUUCUACCUCUGCGAUAUCUUUUGCCUCAGUCUCCAUUCCGCUGCCACCGCUUAAAAUACUGGGCCUCUUUUCUACCCACAUAGACAACUACAAUAGCUUCUUCCCACUUCCACUGUGUUCCCCUCCCAGCCCUUCCUUCACACCCCUCCCAGAUGUCUUAGGCAUAAAUCAAGUUAUGUCACCUCUCUGCUCAAAAUUUCUGCUCAGUAGAAUUCUGACCGGGGGCAGCUAGAUGGCACAGUGGACAAAGCACUGGGCCUGGAGUCAGGAACACUUGUGUUCAGAUCUGACCUCAGACACUUACCAGCUGUGUGGCCCUGAGCAAGUCACUUAACCCUGCU